AACGUUGUCAUGGCAACGAGGUUAUCUGCAUAUUGUUUUAGCGUUGAUUUGUGAUUCAAUGCUUAAGUGAUUCCUAGUUUAUGCAAUACUGAAUAAAAACUUAUUAAGCUUUGACGAAAGCAUUUAAGUUCAUUCACUUGAACAUGAAGCGAAUUCCUUCUAGACCAAGUAAAAGUUGCAACGCAAUUCUUGGUAUAUCUUCGGGUAUUCAUUUAAUCUCUGGUCUGGCGGUUAUUGUUUUUCAGAUUCUGCUGAUUCAUGCUAACUCGCUGUACCAUGACAUAGGUGGAGGCCUAUGGGCAGGUCCAGUUUUCUUCAUUCAGGGUGUUCUUGGUUUCAUCUGUUUGUGUGAUGUGUUAAUGUGCAGUGUGGUAUCAUUUUUAGUAUCAUCUGUAAUUGGAGCUCUGCUAACUGUUGCGUUAGCAGCUGUUGCUGCAGUAGAUUUGGGUUCAAUAUCUAAAUGCCCUAAAGAAGAUUACAGAUCUUCACCAUUUUAUCCUGGAUACUGUUAUCCUAGCUAUGCUCCACAAAUUGUUCAAGCUUCAUGGGGAAUCAUAAUAACUUCAUGUAUACAGCUGGUAGCAUCUGCUUGCUCCAUCUACAUAUGCAUGACAAUAAUUUACAGUACUGAUUCCUCACCAACCCAAACGAUGUCAAAUCCUUAUUUGUACGAUGAAAUACCAUCUCCUCACCAAACAAGAUUUCGUGGUUCUCUACAAUCGGCCCAAGAAAAGGUACAGACAUUCCGUAACAAGUCUACUUAUAGUCUAAAUUCAACACUUCCAGUGAGGAGAAGUAAAUCUAUGGAUCGUUUUUCUGAAGAUAACGAUUCGUUUUCUGAUCAAAAUAUGAUUAUGUAUUCUACUAAUUCAAUCAAUGUGGUUCCAAGUGGAACUCGGUAUAAAAAAUCGUCUGCGAAAGUGUCAAAUGCGAAUUCCAUGUAUAAUGUGAUGUAUCCAUCUGUUCCCCCGAUUCGCAUAGCACCUCGACCUCCCUCUACUCGUUCGUUGAACAUGCAGGGCGAGCUACCAGGACACAUGAAACAUACCGCCGUUUAGCUGGAAAGGAAGUUCAAAAUAUUGUUAUCGGUAUGUAUCUUGUGACCUGAGUCUGAUUUGUAAGUCAGAUUGAUGAUCGCCGUUGUAACUUGUAAUCAGCUAGUCGCGAAUUCCGUUCCACGUUUUUAAAUUAACAUUCUUCUCACAAUUUUCGUUCCUAUUUUUUUUUUUUUUUCGUCAAUGUUCUCUUUUCGUGCGACCAACAACCGUUUCGUAUAUCAGGAAUCGCGUACUUACCUAUGCUCAUGUAUCCUCUGAUGAAAUGUGAUUUAAUAGUGCCUAAUGACACAUUGUUGUUUUAGUAGCUGCUCUCUUUGUUUAUCGAUUUAGCAUUUUGCACUUGAUCCUACAUCGCCAAACACAUUUUUAAACUGCUUAGUUUACAUUUUUCCACAUGUGAAAAAUUCUUUUAUUACUAUUCUUAUUGUUUUGACUUUUUCCUCAAGUUUUGCUCAAGAUAAUGGUUUCAUUCAGCA